GUGGUGAUAACCCAACAGAAUUCCUCCAAAACAGCACACACGUUAAGAUCUUCAGACUCCACGCACCAGAAGGGGAGUGGCCACAUCAGGUUCCCAUUUCCUGUCUACAAUGGACACAUCAAGAGUCUACAGCAAUGUAAAGACAUUUAGGUCUCCAGGGUAUAAGCAAGCAUCAUCCCCAUCUCUCCCCCCAGGUGGAUGUCGGUGCCCACACUGGCAUCAUUUGGCUCUGAAAUUUGGCUGUGCUGGGCUAAUACUUCUUCUCUUGAGCCUGAUUGGACUCAGUGUCUUAGUGAGGUUCCUAGUGCAAAACCCACCAAUAUGCCGUGUGGCUGCUCAAGAGAACAGGACUGAACUAACAGGAAGAUCAGCCAUACUAGAGUGCCCGAGACAUUGGCAUCCACACCGGCACAAAUGCUUAUUUAUUUCUCAAAUUUCGAGACCUUGGACAGAAGGUCUAGCUGCCUGCUCUAUAAAAGAUGCCACUUUGUUGCACAUUGAAAAUAAAGAAGAACUGAGAUUCGUGCAGAACUUUAUAAAGGGAAGAGAACAGUUAUUUUUUAUUGGACUAAAUUAUGUACAAGAGGAGAAGAUCUGGAAGUGGAUAAAUGGCUCUAUUUUAAAUGGUAACCUAUUACAAAUCACUGGCAAAGACGAAGAAAACAGCUGUGCCAUCAUCUCACACACAGAAGUGUUUUCAGAUUCCUGUUCUUCAGACAACCAUUGGAUCUGCCAAAAGACCCUGAAACAUGUCUGAAACCCUGUGUCCUGACUCCUGAUUGUGAAUCUCAUCUUGUUUACUUCACUGUCCACAUUAGCUUUCUGCACUGAACAUUGUCUGCUGUUGGCCCAUCCAGUGCAUAGUUAGUGGCACAGAGCAUGGACUCCAAAACCACUGGGAUUUUACAGACUCUCAUGUUCAGUUUUUUUGUGUAAUGUAAAUGUACACAGAUAUAGAUGUGACAUUCUAGGAGUGGAGUUUUACAGAAGGAAGUGCAGGCCAGAAGGGGGCACUGGAGGCCUUGUUGGCCCUUGCAGAUCUCUGUGUCUGAGGUCAUUUGCUGACAGCUGCAGAAAACUGUUUAUAAAUUCUGGAUUUUGACCCCAUCCCCACUUCGAGCCAUUUCACAUUUGGGAUGUAAAACCUUGACUGAAGUCUUGUUCUUGACUGACAGCAGAGGCUCAGAGUUAAGAAGCUUGAGAUGGGAAGAGUUUGUAUUGACUGACACUUGCAAAUUAGUUCAUUAAUAAUGGACCAAUGCUGUGACAAUGAGUAUGACUGUCAGGAGCCAUAAUGGGACAAGCUAAUACUUAGCACGAUAAAAUAUAAAAUAAAUCAAAACCCAUCAAGUUGAAGUUGGACAAGACAAUCCAGCAAAAGAAAGAAAGCCCCAACAGCAGGCACAAGAAUCAGAGACUCACUCAUUCACCCACUUAGGAAUCCUAUAAAAAUACUAAACUGAAAGCUAUACUACAUAUUUGCAGAUUACCUGCUUGUAGACUAUUGCAUUCCUUGUGCUUGCUGCUUCAUAACUAAGUUUCUUUUCCCCUGCUCCUCUUGGCCCCUGAAUAAUAAGAGAGAAUUAGCUUGCCGGAAGUCAUCAGCUUUUGGCCUUGAUUGUGGAUGCUGCUCUCUUGCCUUCUUUUGGUACUUGAAUGCUGAGCAGGACCUGAGCACUGUAGCCAGACACCUCAGGAUAAUCCCAGGAAUGGCAGUCAAAUGUAUUUCAGACCCAGAGACUACCUAGCUUUCUUUCACUAAUAGCUUAACUUCUGAAUUAUUUGCAUUGAAGGAAAACCAAAACCUUUUGCUCUGUCAUGCAUAUUAAACCACGGGUGUUCAUCUACAAUGGAGAAAGGUCCACCUAAAUCUAGGACCUGGAUCCCCCAUGUGGUGUGAGCUGUCUCCAUUCUCAUUCCAUUGUUGGUUGGAGCAGGCAUGGAGGGCUCCACUGAAGUUGAAACCUCAGCCCCCUUUAUGGGGUUUAAAAAUGCUGAGGAGUUCGGUGUUCUUGCAGACAUAGACCGGAGCCAUUUGGAAAAUUCUGCUUCCCAUCUGGAAGCCCAGUUAGACUCCUUAGCUGAGGUUGUUCUUCAGAGUUGAAGAGAAUUGGACCUCUUCUUUAUGAAACAAGGAAGCCUCUGCAUGACACCAGGAGAAACUUGUUGCUUCUAAGCCAGUCAGUUAGGAAUAAUUAGAUAAAAUUUAGUCAUGGUCAAAAACAAUCUUCAGGGAAAAAGAGAGGAGGCAUUAAGAAUCUAAAAACUGGUACCAAUUUUUGUUUUCCCUGUCUACUUACAGCCAUGGCUAGGUAAUUAAUUCUAUUGCUCCUAGCUCUCAGUACAGGAUCCUGCUUGCUCAACUGCCUACUUAGCUAUGUAAAACAGAGAAUAAAUUCUGUUAAAACACGAGUGCUAAGGAGAUAGUAUAAUCUCUUUCAGUAAGGUGAAUCCAUGUGUUGGCCAUGCCCAUAGAAUCAAUGGGAAAUAGAACAGGUCCCCCAGAGGUUAGUAGGUCACUAGGCCUUAGCACAACUGACGCCAUGAUGGAAGUACCAUUCAGGCUUUGGAACCCAGCAUAUUGACAGCACUGCCUGUCAAAAUAAGAACCAAAACCUAAUCCAUCAAAGUCUACAGUUCUAGGAAAGUCUCUAUAUGUACUAAGCUUGGUUUUUGGCUUUGUAAUUUGUAGUUUGCUUCUGGCUAACUGUUCUUGCUGAAGAGGUAUAUCAACCAAGUAUGUCGUUUUGUGCUCAAAAGCUCACCCUGGGAAUGACAGGACUAUACUGGGGUCCUGAACAGGCAGCUUAGUUGCCAGGUGCCUAAUAAAGGCUUUUUAUUGGUUUGAA